UGAGGUCUGACAGGUUUGUUGAAGAUAGAAUGGUCAAUAUUUUUUUUCCAAAGUGACAUUGUUAAUCUUUCUUAUUUAGAUUUGCUACAUUGUUUAUUGUAAACUAAGCGUGUAAAACACAGGAAGCUUCCAGUCAUUGUUGCUGUAAAAACACGCCCACAUGGUGAUUUUGAACUUCCACUCAGACGGGACUGUGAUGUUUCACAUCAUACAGUAACUGUCCGAUGACACAGACGUUGGCCAGGGAGGAGAGAUAAUCAUGCCUGGUCCCAGUGGAAAAAAGAGACUUAGCUCUCGUCGGAGGGUGAUAAAACAUGAUGAAACACCUGUGGAUUUGACUGUAUCAGACCAGUCAAAUGUAGCACAACCAGAAGAAAGCAAUCCUACCCCUUUGGAAACGCAUCAUCUACUUUCAUCUGAACAGAAAGACAGAAGAAGAAAGCUAAGCUCAAAUCAACAAAGUCAAAGAAAAUAUCAAGUUGAGCAAUCUUCUGCUGCAACAUACCACAAACCUACAGAGGAAGUUGAGCAAAAUGUGAGUAGAGAACAAUACCACACAACACAAAUGAUAGAAACACAACAAGCCCUUCAAAAAGGAUUUAAUAAGACAGAUGAGUAUGGAGCACAUUUGGAUGGAGCCUCCACAUCUGAUCACGCUUUGGAUGCUUUAGACACUGAUGUGAAAAGCCCACAACCAGUAAGUGAAACCUUGCAUUUGGAUGAUCAAGCAGAAGAGAGUGGCUCUCGACUGAAUGCUGAGCCCUGUAAACCAGUGGAAAAGACGGUCACGACUGCAGAAGUGGUUGGGUGCAGCACACAUUCUACAGUUGAGCAACAACUAAGCCACCACGCAAAGGUCACAGCCAUGCCGGUCUAUAUUAAGCCAGUACCUGACUCAGAAAAGGAGGAUAUAAAUGAAGAAACAGACCUGCUACCUCUCAUCGAACAUUCAACAGAAGGAAUUACUUUUUCGACAGGACCAGAGAUGGCCCCUGACAAAAGGGACCACAGUGAAAAUGAUGAAAUCAGAAACCGCCAUGAGCAAGCAGACUAUUCAUUGGCAGUGGAGGAACUGCCUGUAAAUGAGGAACAACAUGAGCAUUUUGACAUUUCACAGGUCAGAGGUGUGCAGCAUCCACACAUAGUCAUUGAAUAUGUUAAAUCAUCACAAACAUACCAUGCGGGAUACUCUGAGAUCUUGACACGUGACCAUAAAGAAGAUAUUGAUCAAACAAGUAAACAUCAAAUAAUGGAGAUGGAAAUGCAUCAAUCUCAGUUGAUUGAGCAAAUCCCUAAUAAUUCAGGUUUAAAUCCACAUGAAAUACAGGAAGAAGAAAACAUGGACGUUUUAGACCAGGGAGAUGAAAAUGAUCCCAUUUCUACUACUAACAUGGAGGUAUUGCUCAACUUGGACAAUACUAAAUAUAUACCAUCCCAGGAACAUGAUGAUGAAACUCCAAUGGUCUGUAAUGAGGACGAAAGUGCUGAAAGAGUCUUCAGUGUAAGUGAGGAGAGUGAAUUGUCUUCACAAAGCGUGGAACCGCAGAAAUGUUUUGUUGUCGACUCGCAAAGUGUGGACAACAAUGUGAGUGCAGAUGAGCAAGGAGUGUCCUUCAGUCCCGCAGGGAGCAGGAGAAAACUGGGUUCUAGUCGACGGAACAAAGGAAGCCGUGUGAAGGUCUUUGACACGUUCAGUGAAUUGAAAGAUGCUGUUGCUGCAGAAGAGACGACAGAUGACAAAAAUCUUCCAGAACUUGCAAAAAAAACAGCUGAAUUGGUGUCAGAGGAAACACUGCUGAUAGAAAUUGAUCAUUUAGGGGCUGUUCAAUGUGAAGACAUGAGUGAUCGAGUCUGGAAAACACAUACACAUUCAAACUCAGCCCAACUGUUGAGUUACCAACCCAGUUCCAGAGAUGCUCCUGUGGAGCUUUCCAAAGUUGAACUCCAAACAAAAGCGGGAGAGGAAAAUGCAACUUUAUUGAUGCAGAAUAGAAAUGUAGAGGACAGCUAUUUGAUGAAUCAACCACUUGUGAAUGCACUGGCGUCGUCUGCCACACCAGAGGUAAGCAGCCUUCAUGAUGAUGCAGAAAUCGAAGACCGUGGAACGCAAGCCACAAUCUCCUCACCUAAAGCAGAAACAUCAACAGCUGAGGCACAGCAUGAGCAGUUCAACAAAGUUGACAAGGUUGUAAUUAAAGCGCUUAGAUCAUCAGAAAUCGACCACAAGGAAGACUCUGAAAUGUUGAUGCAUGAUCGUAAAGAAGAUGUUGAUAAAAAUAUUGAAAACUUAGUAGAGGAAAUCAGAGAAAUAGAAAUGCAUCAAUCUCAUGAUUCAAGUUUAAAUCAACAUGACAAACAGGAAGAGGACACUAGGAACAAAGACAACAUGGAGGAUUUGGACCAGAGAGAUGAACAUGAUCCCAUUUGUAGUACCAUGGAUGCAUUGAUCAACUUAGAAAGUACAGAACAUACACCCCCCCAGGAACAUAACGUUGUAGCUCAAAUGGUGUCUGAUGUGGAACAAAGUGCUGAAAGAGUCGUGGAGAGUGAAUUGUCUUCACCAGACCAAAGUUUUGUUGUCUGCUCCCAAAGUGAGGACAACAAGGCCAGUGCAGAUGACCAAAGAGAAUCCUUCAGUCCAGCUAGAAGCAGGAGAAAACUGGGUUCUAGUCGACGGAACAAAGGAAGCUGUGUAAAGGUCUUUGACACAUUCAACGAAUUGCAAGAUGCUGCUGCAGGAAAGACAAGAGAUGAGAACAAUCUUCCAGAACUUGCAAGAGAAAUGGCUGAGAUGGAAUCAAAGGAAACCGUGCUGAUAGAAACUGAUGAUUUAGGAACCACUGAAGGUGAACACAGGAGCGAUUUAGUUUGGAAAAGUGCACAUGUAGUCCUCUCUGAGUCUAGUGCUUCAAAUACAUCUUCAAACUCAGCCCAACUGUUAAGUGAGCAAUCCAAUUCCAGGGAGAUGCUAGGGGAGCUUUCCAAAGUUGAACCCGAAACAAAACCAGAAGAAGAGACUUUAUUGACACAGAAUAGAAAUGUAGAGGACGGCUGUUUGGUGAGUCAACCACUUUUGGAUGCACAGGUGUCUUCUGCCACACCAGAGAUAAGCAGCCUUCAUGAUGAUGCCGACAUUGAUGCCACAAUCUCAUCACCUAAAGCAGAAACAGCAACAGCUGAGGUACAACAUGAGCAGUCCAACGAGUGUUUCUUUCAUGACAGGUCAUCAGGGACAGGCCGAAAAGAAGACUUUGCAAGGUUGCUACAUCAGCAUAAAGAAGAUGUUGAUAAAAAUAUUGAAAAUCUAGUAGAGGAAAUCAAGGAAAUAGAAAUGCAUCAAUCUCAUGAAUCAAGUUUAAAUCAACAUGACAAACAGGAAGAGGACGCUAUGAAAGAGGACAACAUGGAGGAUUUGGACCAGAGAGAUGAAAAUGAUUCCAUUUGUAGUACCAUGGAUGCAUUGAUCAACUUAGAAAGUACAGAACAUACACCCCCCCAGGAACAUAACGUUGUAGCUCAAAUGGUGUCUGAUGUGGAACAAAGCACUAAGAGAGCAAAUACCAGCUGUAUUGCAGAUGCACACACUGGAGGCAGUGUAGCAAAAGCCACAACUGCAUCAGCAAAACAAGAAACGUCAUCAAAGGUAGAACACUGGUUAGGCUCUUCUGAAGGCUACAGUGCUCAGAAGUUAGAGGACGCCCAUAAAAUACACAUGGUUUACCCUGUAGAAGUUAAUGAAGUUGAUCAGACUGAUUACUCCACAGUUAAGGCCUGCUCUUCUGUUGGAACCAUGCAGUCAGAUGCUUCUUUGCAGUGUGUGGAAGUUGAGGCGGAAGGAACGCUGUGUACCAGAGAGGAAACAGUCCCAACUGAGCAAACAGGGCAGCAAGCGUCACAAGAACAAAGUGCUCCACACUUUAAACCCACUGAGCAAAUGGAAGUGAAAGUCGCAGUUCAAGAGGAUGAAGACAUUUCUCCAAAGUCAGACAAAGACGACCUUCCCGACUCUGAAGGGGAAGACAUGGACACAUCCAUGCAUCGACGUACCAGUAGCACUUUAAAUGUACAAGAGGCCGAAGAAACCUUUCUGGACCAAAACCUGGAGGCUGUGUCUUUAAAGAAAGAGUCACUGACAAAUAAAGAGAAAGGAGAACUGCAUGUGCUUAUUGCUGACGGGGAAGAAGUUGAACAACAGCAAGGGGGGUCUGAGGAGAAACCAAAUGCAACACUGGCUCCUGAAGCCUUUGGUUUGGAGGAAAACUAUACUCUGGAACCAGCAGUGGGUGUAUGUGACACUGGCAUCGCUGAUGCAGCGGCUGAAUGUCAGAGCCAGCAGGAGAUACAUGAGGAAAGUCUGAACUUGCUAGUUAAAACCAAUACCAAGAAGAGAAAGAUGGGCUCCACUCGUAUGCGGCAAAUCAACAGGAAACAAGAGACACAGGUGGAUAAUUUGCAAGCAGAACUUGAUAUGGGAGGUUUGGAAAACGUGGGAGUGCUGGAGGAUGUACCGCACAAGGAAGCAUUAGAAAAUCAAAGGGCAGCUUCAUUGUGCAAGGAAGGGCAGGAAAUGAACAAGGCCGAGGCUGAUGAAUACCAGGAGCUUCACAGCAGUACAGAAGAAAGCCACGUGAUAUCAGCCACAGAUGUCACGCCUGUCCUUCCAGAGCAGUCGUCCAGCUGUCAUGCAGAAGGUACUAAUCCCCUUACUUCCCAGGUAGAUGACUUAAGUGGAAAUGAAAACGCUAUGGCCAAAUUCGAACCCGAUCAUGAGGUUCACAUUAUAACAUCUGUGGACACUGAGCUGCAUCCAAGUACUAGAACCAUACAAAGUGUAACGCUAGGCAAAGAUUCAACAGACUCACCUGCAGAAGAGCACAGGGAAACUCAGACAAAUACAGAAGAACUAAGGAGUGGGAGUGGGGACGCGUCUGCAAGAAGUCCAAAUUUGAGCUUGACUCAUAGAAAGAGAAAGAUGGGCUCCACACGCAGAAAUCUGGGCACCAUGUCAAAAGGGGACUUGGAGCAAAAGUUGGAUGUGAACAAUGAGUCUCCAGUCACGGCCCAUGUCCAAGAUAUUGUACCCGACAUUGCCAGCAGGGGUGAAGGCAAAGAGUUGAAGCCUCGUGUAGGAUACAAAGACUCUGAAGCAACCAAAGACAAUGUUGUCCUCAGCCACACCGGUGACCUCCAAAACAAAACCCAAACUCAUCGGACACCCAAGGCGCAUCAAACUUCAGCGCAUCAUAUGUCUCCACGUGAUGACCUAGAAGAAACAUCACCCAAACUUGAUGUGCUGUCAGAAUUGACACCUAGAGGGAGAAGAAGGAAACUGGGGUCCCACCGGAAGUCACGAGGAGGACACCGAAGUCAAGGAGAGGACUUGAUGAUGAAAAAUCAGCCUGAAGCUACAACAACAACAACCACAGACAAAUGUGCUGAUGACACCAUUCAAGGGCGUAAAGAAUCAGAGAAUCAUGAGACUGACACCAAAGCGUCAUCCAACAUCACUAUCCCAAAGGCUGUCAGACGUGUGACGUCUCAGGAAAUGACUCCAUCCAAUGAUCAUCAUGAUCGAGGCCUUCUGGGUCAUGACACCCACAAAAAUAUUUCUUCAGGUAACUCUGACUUGAGAGCAAAAACCUACAACGUUGUCUUGGUUGGAGACAGCUGCGUGGGCAAGACCUCCUUCAUGAGACGAGCUCAGAACGGGAAGUUUUAUCCGGAUAUGCCGGCCUCUGUGGGUCUGGAUACGUGCUUGUGGACUGUGGUCGUGGAGGGGAAACCUGUGGUGCUCCAAUUGUGGGAUACAGCAGGGCAAGAAAGAUUUCACAGUGUCACCAAGCAGAUAUUUCACAGAGCUCACGCAUUUCUCCUGAUGUACGACGUCACUUCCUUGCAAAGCUUCACUGCAGUCUACUACUGGGCAAGCUGCAUUCAGGAGGGAGCUGUGGAGAACAUUCCCAUUUUACUUCUCGGAAAUAAAAGCGACCAUGCAGGACGUCACGUUAAAACUGAAGAGGGGCAGAAUAUUGCAAAGGAGUUCAACGUAGAGUUCAUGGAGUGUAGCGCCGUCACCGGUGACAACGUGAUUCAGUCUUUGGAGGCAGUUGCCAGGUUGUUGAGUCAGGAAGAUGGUGGAAGAGAGGAAACCUUGGUGUUACACAAAGAGCCAGCAAAGAAAACAUCAGGAUGUUGCUGAACGCAUACGUGGUGCAAUAUGGUACAUCUCAGGAAUGGUUUACUUGGCAUGAAAAGACAUAUUUAGGCUUUACUGGCCACAUCAUUAAGUACACUUGCACUACCUUGAUCUAAUGCACGGAGUGGGGUGUUGAGAUGUCAGUGGGGUGUGACUACUAUUUAGAAAUUGUUAUAAGGUAUUGCAGAUGUUAUCUCCGCUCAUUUUAUAAAUCUGUUUUAAUAAUCACAGAAUGCUGGUGCCACCAGCUUGAACAGCGGUUUGUACAGAUAAACAUCAGGUUUGCAAUAGUACUUCAACUCAAGGGGGGGCAUGAAAAAAAAAAGUCUGUCCCCAAGGGGAGGGCACAACAGAAAAUAGAGAACCACUGCCUUAUCGUGAAUAAGCUGUGUUUUCUGCUGAAAGAAAAUUUCCUAUUUUCAGAGAAAAAAAAAAGAACAUAUUUGACAAAAAAAUGCAAAUUUGUGUGGCAGUGAAUGCUGAAUCCCUAAUGUGCAGGGAUCCACUGUAUAUUACACAUGUAGUACCCCUCGGGAUGCUCCGAUCAAUCGGCCACCAAACAGAAUCGGACGAUUCUUGUGAAAAGGCACGUGAUCGGAUUAUGCCGAUAAAUGCCUUUCAAUGCAGACACAAAAGCCGAUCACCUACUGUAAGGCUCCAACUACUGCAGCCUGAAGCAAUCCCUGCGUGCAGUGUAUUGUCUUGGGUAGUGUCCCCCUCCCACUUUCCUUCACACUGUGCAGCUGUGCCAAAACAAAACAUGUCUGCCGUGUGGAACUUACCUACCAACACAUGCCAUGAAAAAUUAACUCGCAGGGGUAGCUUUAAUUUAAUACGGCAAUUGAAGAACAAACACUUGACGGAGUAUGGUGAGUUUUUGAGGCUCACAGUGUGAUCAGUCACAUGCCAGCUAACGCAGCACGAACAACAACACUCGCCUGUAUGUGCGUGACAGUCAGAAGGCUAAGAAAGUAACUCGAAAAAAUAACUGAUUCAUUGGAUGUGAGCCACCAGCCUUGUCAGCAGUGGAGGACAGUGGGUGAGCCGAGCACCGCCUCACUUGGAGCCCACCUAUGUGCUACUGGAAGUCCUGCCAGAGCAAGUCUCCUUACAGAAGGCAUCUCAUUCUCCGGAAGUUUCACAAGUGAUACAUGUUCUCUUGAAAAAGUUAUUAAAAUGUGUUUUUGGCUCAAUUAAGGCAAUUUUAUGGUUCCUGUUUUCAUAUCAGAGGUGCAUUACUAAUUUUAUAAACAAUUACAUUUCCCACUGAUACGGCACCCCUGGGCAAUCGUAAAUGGUCUUUUACUUGUACAGCGCUUUUCCACCUUCAAGGCACUCAAAGCGCUUUGACACUGCUAGCGCAUAGCACAAUAGUACUCCAUCAUAAAUUGCGAUCAGCCGAUUUUACUCAUGGAUGAUCGGUAUCGGCAGCAUUAAACCCCUGAUCGAAUCAACAUUGGUAACAUUGACACAAUGGUGUAAAUUGUACUUUUCCACAGACUUGUGUUGCAAAAUAACCUUCUAACUGCUUAAUAAACCUCCAGACAAACCGCUUUUUGUUUUUCGACUUGAUUUGUGUUUUCAUGGGCGUACUUCCAGACUGACAAAGCCAACGGUGUUCAC